UUGUUGAUGAUGUGUCAAAGGCAGGAAAGAAAUUAACAAAAUUAUGGCAUAAACUGGCGAGUGUUAUUGUUCUGUUUUGUGUUGGACUUUCUGCGUCCUUCGGUCGUUGUUUCGUCCUAGAUGUUUCAUACCUUUCCAUCCUGGGCUGAAAGCUGUUGCUAGCGAUGGAUGGAAAGCCAGCUCCACCGGCCGGCAGUGGUGGCGAGCUGUUCAGCUUGCCGGCUGGUCCGGCAUCUUUGUGUUUCGACAAGAACGAAUUCAUGAAGAAAACAUUCUCCGUCGAUGAGUUCCUGCACGAGAACCGAAAUGCCGGCAGUCUGGAGAUCAUUCGCGAUGACCUGGGUCUCUACCUGAAGGUACUACGGUCGGCGAUGAUUGAGCUGAUCAAUCAGGAUUACGCCGAUUUCGUAGACCUGUCCGCGAAUCUUAUCGGGCUGGACCAGCAGAUCGACGCCAUCGAGGGGCCGCUGCAGAAGCUGCGCACCGAAGUCGACCAGGUGAAAGGUGCCCUCGAAGCGAGCAUGAGCGAAAUUGCCAGCUGUCUCGAGCAGAAGAAGCUGCUGCGUUCGUACAAAAAAUCGCUCCAGAGCUUGGCCAGAGCGCAAGCUUCGCUGCACAAGCUCGAGGACAUGCUGCUCGGCGACAGGAAGGACCAGAUCGAUGCCACCCUGCUGGAGCGAGCGGCACUGGAAUCGAUUCAGCUACAGUUUAACAUCAAGUUCUGUCGCGACUUUCUGGACGACGGCAAGCAGCGUCUCGCGCAGGACCUCUGGAGCGAGCUGCUGGCCCGGCUGAAGGGUUACUUUCUGCGUGCGCUGGGCGAGCCGGAACCGAAGGAGCUGGAACGGUGUCUGCGCAUCUACUGCACGCUGGACGAGUGCCGCACGGCGGAGGAAGUGUUUCGGGGCGAAAUUGUCGCCCCGUUCAUGAACCGCGCCAUCUCGGAAAGCAGUCUGCAAAACUCGCCCCAGGGGCUGACCGGCAUCUACAAUCAGAUUCUGGACUUUGUCUCGAUGCGCAUGAAGCAGCUGUGCCAGCUGACGAAGCGCAACGGCAAAGUGAAGGGCUACAACUUUAUCGUGAACAGCUUCUGGGCCGAGGUCGAGCGACGCAUGGAGACGAACAUGUCGUCGAUCUUUGCGCCCGGCAAUCCGGAUGCCUUCUAUCAGAAGUACAAGUGUACGCUCGAGUUCCUGGAGCGCAUCGAGCUGAUCAUCGACGAUGCGGACGACGUGGCGCAGUUCAAGGCGCACGCGCAGUACCGCAGCUUUCAGCUGCGCUGGAACCUGCCGGUGUACUUUCAGAUCCGAUUCCAGGAGAUCGGUGCCGAGCUGGAGGCGUGCUGCAGCGAAUCCGCUUCACGCCAGGUGGCCUCCAGCAUAUCCGCAUCCCAGUUUAAUGUAGCGCAAUUUUCCGCCGCCCUGACGGCCAUUUCCCGCUGCUGGCAGGAUGGUGUGUUUCUGCCCCAGCUGUUCCAUCGGUUCCUUAAGCUCACGCUGCAGAUUCUCGCGCGGCUUAGCGUGUGGUGUGGAGAAGCCUUCCGACCGGACGGGGCAAGCCAAGAGAUGGCGCACGGCGCUCCGGAGGGCCAGACGGAGCGCAUCCGCUUUCUGGUGGCGCUGUACUCUGAUCUGCGAAAUAUCGAGCUGAAAAUUCCGUCAAUAGUGAACCUGAUCGUGGAGAAAAGCCCACCGUCUGGGGUGUCUCGCGGCGAGCUGGAAGCGACAGUGGGCGAGAGCGGGACUGCAUUCGGCGAGAGGCGCUCGCAGUUGCAGCAGCUGAUUGUGCGAGAAUUGAUCGGCGCCAGCAUACCGCAGCUGCGGCAGGUAAGCGACAUACCGCGCCUGUACCGGAAGACGAAUCGUGACGUGCCGAGCCGUUGCUGUGCGUACGUGGAGCAGCUGCUUGCACCGGUGGAUUCGUUUCGCAAGGGCUACAACUCGAUGAUAGGGGUCGAAGCGAUGCGUGAUUUUCAAAUCGGCGUCUUCAACCACGUGACAGUGCAAUUCUACCAAGUAAUCGACGAAGUGUUAACAUCCGUCCAAAAGACGGAGGAAUCGUUGCGACGGUUGAAAAAUCUUCGCGACCGUUCGGGAACGAGCGCAUCGUCGGCAGCGGUUGCGCCCAGCACGGAUCGCACGGCACCCUCGGAUGAUGACAAAAUUCGUCUGCAACUGCAGGCAGACGUGAUGCACUUUGCUCGGUAUGUGGAAGACAAGGCACAGAUCGGCCGCCAGAACGUGGACAAACUGCCCCAACUGGUCCAGCUGGUGGAGGACGCCAUUAAGGGACGGCCAUUUGCCAUCGAGCAGACGCAGCCGUAGUUGCCUUGAUAUGUCCUUCCGCUAUUUCGACACACUCCUUUCCUAGCCACCCGUUACCCAAAGAGAGUGCAUCGUUGGGUCGUCAAAAAUGUUCCGGCUCAUAGUCAAAUGAAUAAAACAACCACCACGCAAUAUAUAAACAACAAAA